AUGGCCCCGGUGUCCCGGUCUCGAAGCCCCCAAGGAUCCCCAGGCCCCCGGCGGAAGGGCGGCGGCGGCAGCAGCUCCUCGGCGAGCCCCUCACCCCCGAGGCCCAGCCGCCCCCACCGACCUGCGUCUCCCGAGAAGCGGGGCAGGAGGUCGCGGUCCCGGGAGCGCAACGGCGUGAAGCACUCGGGCCACCGGCGGAGCCGCAGCUGGUCCCGCUCCCGGGAGCGCACGCCGGGCGGGCCGCGCUCCUCCUCCGCUCACCACGGGCACCAUCACCACGGCGGCGGCGGCACGCAGUGGCCGGACUACUACGAGAAGGAGAAGGAGGAGAUCCUGCGCUUGAGGAGACUAAAUGAGAGAGAGAGGAUUGGUGAACUGGGAGCACCUGAAGUCUGGGGACUGUCACCAAAGGUUCCUGACCCAGAUUCCGAUGAGCAUACCCCAGCAGAAGAUGAGGAGGCGAAAUCUAAGAAGAGUAGCUCUUCAGAUUCUAGUUCAGAAGAAGAGAAAAAAAAGAAGAAGAAGAAGAGGAAGAAGAAAGAAAAGAAAAGAAAGAGAUCCAAAAGAAAACACAGAAAGCAUUUUGGGGAGAGUGACAGCGAGUCUGAGUCUGAGCUAAACACCAGUGAUGAGGAAGAUAAAAAGAAAAUAAAGAAGAAAAAGAAACAUAGAAAAAAGAAGUCUAAGAAAAAGAAGAGUAAGAGGAGUAGGAAGAAAUCCAGUGAUUCAAGUAGUGAAGAUUCUGAUGAUGAAGCACUUCAAGGGGAUGAUCUCUGGAUUGAGAGAUCAAAAAAUACAGACGCUGAUAAUUUAAUUGGACCAGAAGCUCCAAAAAUGCAUGCAUCUCAAGAUGAUAGGCCUUUGAACUAUGGCCAUGCUUUGCUGCCUGGUGAAGGUGCAGCUAUGGCGGAGUAUGUAAAGGCUGGAAAACGCAUCCCUCGAAGAGGUGAAAUUGGCCUGACCAGUGAAGAGAUCGCAUCAUUUGAGAGCUCUGGUUAUGUAAUGAGUGGUAGCAGGCAUCGCCGAAUGGAAGCUGUGCGUCUGCGUAAAGAGAACCAGAUCUACAGUGCUGAUGAGAAGAGAGCUCUGGCAUCUUUCAACCAGGAGGAGAGACGGAAGCGAGAGAACAAGAUCCUGGCUAGCUUCCGGGAGAUGGUCUACAGAAAGACUAAGGGCAAAGAAGACAAAUAACUCCCCCUUUUUCCCAAUUGUACAGCACGGAUUGUAGUAAACAGAAGCUAUCCCCUUCUUGUGACUUGGAAACAGCUGUAAAGUACUGCAGUGCCUUCCACCCAAUGAGAUGCAUUUCUCAGGACUGGAUCAUUUGUAUCAAGAAACAAUCACCCUUAAUAGGCUUUCUUGGACAACUCAUUCACCAGCUGUAGGCAACUGCCAUUAGGGGAAGUACAGAAUCCUGAAUGAGACUGAGGAGCACUCAGGGAGAUUCAUGAUCCUACAAGAUGGUAAUGCACUGUAUUAGACCUGGAUAUGGACACAACAGGAUACCAUCAUCAGCUGGUCUGCUGCUGGUGAAAUGAAACAUAACUAUCUUCCAUUUAUUUUGGUUAAUCAGCAUGGACAAAAUCAGACUAGAUUUCACCACCAUGAACAGACAACUAUUUGUAGCAAAAAAUAAGGAAUUCCUAAAUAUCCAUUUAGAUUUGAUGAUUGUUCAUUUAUGAUGUACUUGUGAAAAGUUCUUUACACACUGUACAUUUAUGAUUUCCUUUUAGUUGUUUUGAGGAAGAAAACUCACUUCAUGGCUUGUGGUUCAGAUUCCAUUUGUAAAUAGAAAUAUAUUUGUAAUUUAAUAGAUCUUGGCUUCCACUAUUUUAAAAAAGAUCACAAGCAGUGUAUAUUAUAGAAGUAGUAACUUUAAGGGUCUGGCCUAGAACCUCCAAAAGCCCAGGACACUGAAUGAAAGAACUAAAAGCUUUCUCCUUCUCUGCUUAGCUGCUGUACAUAGAUAUAUCUCUCAGGUGGGGGGCAGUAGUAACCAGUGUUUAGAAGUCCAGAAAAUACAGAGGUAGUAACAGAGGAUGGAUUUUGAUUCCAGUUCUGAAUUUCUUUGCUUUUGGAAAUCUUCUAGAUUAAACCCUUAUUAUUUUAA